UCCAAACUGAGGCAGCAGCAGGUGGCCCUCUGGCAUAGCAGAGGCAGAGCUUGCUCUCAGGCAGAGGAUGUCCUCCAGGUCAGAACAGGGAAAGAAUUCUAAGCCCAGUGGCAGCGAGAUGAGCAUCGAGCUGAGGCCAACAGCCCCGGGCAACCAGGGUCGCAGCAACGCAGCCUUCCAGGACGAAGACUUGGAAGAGCAGGAGACACCAGGAAACGGCACAGUCAGGAGCAGAGUUGUACAGAAUGGGGAAGAAGGAAACACCAAGCAGGGUGACAGGAAGAUCACGAUUGAGCAGGAGUCUCUAGGAAACAAAGAAGACGUGGAGGAUGAUGACCAAGAUGAGCAUCAAAAAGGGUGUUUGGAAAGAAAGUAUGAUAUGAUUUGUGAGAUUUGUAGAAAGCACAGAAUCAUUCUUCGGCGCAUCAUUGGGGGCAUUUUAUUGACUGGUUUCCUGGCUUUGUUGAUUGCAGCCUGUGUACUGAACUUCCACAGAGCCCUUCCUCUUUUUGUUAUCACCGUGGUUACCAUCUUCUUUGUUAUCUGGGAUCACUUGAUGGCCAAAUAUGAGCAGCGAAUUGAAGAGUUCUUGUCUCCAGGCAGAAGGCUUCUCAACAGACAUUGGUUCUGGUUGAAAUGGGUGAUGUGGAGCUCAUUGAUCCUGGCGGUUAUUUUCUGGUUGAUCCUCGACACUGCCAAAUUGGGCAAACAGCAUCUGGUAUCCUUUGGUGGACUCAUAAUGUACAUUGUGCUGUUAUUUCUAUUUUCCAAACAUCCAACCAGAGUUUACUGGAGGCCUGUCUUUUGGGGAAUUGGAUUACAGUUUCUUCUUGGGCUCUUAAUUCUAAGGACUAAGCCUGGAUUUAUUACUUUUGAUUUCCUGGGAAAACAAGUUCAGACUUUCCUGGGGUACACUGAUACUGGAGCUAUGUUUGUCUUCGGUGAGAAGUAUACAGACCACUUCUUCGCAUUUAAGGUCCUGCCAAUCGUGGUUUUCUUCAGCACCGUGAUGUCUGUGCUCUACUAUGUGGGGCUGAUGCAAUGGAUCAUCAGAAAGGUUGGAUGGUUAAUGCUUGUCACUAUGGGGUCAUCUCCCAUUGAGUCUGUAGUUGCUGCUGGCAACAUAUUUGUUGGGCAGACAGAAUCUCCACUACUGGUCCAACCAUAUUUACCACAUGUCACCAGGUCAGAACUCCAUGCCAUUAUGACAGCUGGCUUUGCUACGAUCGCUGGAAGCGUAUUGGGUGCCUACAUCUCUUUUGGGGUGUCAGCCACACACUUGCUAACCGCCUCGGUCAUGUCGGCGCCGGCAUCCCUGGCUGUGGCCAAACUCUUUUGGCCUGAAACAGAAAAACCCAAAGUGACCCUCAAGAAUGCCAUGAAAAUUGAAAGUGGUGAUUCAAGAAAUUUCCUGGAGGCGGCAACACAGGGUGCAUCCUCGUCCAUUCCCCUGGUAGCAAACAUUGCUGUGAAUCUCAUCGCCUUCCUGGCCUUAUUGUCUUUUGUGAACUCGGCUCUGUCCUGGUUUGGAAACAUGUUCGACUACCCACAGUUGAGUUUUGAGUUCAUUUGUUCCUACAUCUUCAUGCCCUUUUCCUUCAUGAUGGGAGUCGACUGGCAGGACAGCUUUAUGGUCGCCAAACUCAUAGGUUACAAGACAUUCUUCAAUGAAUUUGUGGCUUAUGACUACCUCUCAAAAUGGAUCAAUUUGAGAAAAGCAGCUGGACCCAAAUUUGUAAAUGGCGUGCAGCAAUAUAUGUCGGUUCGUUCAGAGACCAUUGCGACUUAUGCCCUCUGUGGUUUUGCCAAUUUUGGUUCCCUAGGAAUAGUGAUCGGCGGACUUACAUCCAUAGCUCCAUCCAGAAAGCGUGACAUUGCCUCUGGAGCCAUGAGAGCCCUGAUUGCGGGGACCAUUGCCUGCUUCAUGACAGCCUGUAUCGCAGGCAUACUCUCUAGCACCCCCGUAGAUAUCAACUGCCAUCACAUUCUAGAGAACACCAAUUUACUCAGCAACACAACGGAAGUGGUGUCUUGUUGCCAAAGUCUGUUGAACAGCACUGUUGCCAAGGGACCAAAUGAGGUCAUCCCGGGAGGGAACUUCAGUUUCUACGCUGUGAAGAGCUGCUGUGAGUUGUUGAACCCAUCAACACUGAACUGCAGUUGGGUCCCCAAUACACCAUGAGCUCGACCAUGUAUCCAAUGGGAUUCUCUGUGCAGAUGCUGGAUUUUCUGCUCUGGAGGGCAUAGAAAGCUAUUGCCACAAGUUAUGAAUCCACCACGGACUCAGCUCUAAUGGCAAAGGAGGAAGAAAGUCUGGAGUGUCUCCUCCCUCCCUUCCCUUCUUAGACCACCCUCUCUCCAUGGAGAACUUCUAUGAUGACGUCCCGAACCGAGGUGUGAUCUUCAGUCCAAAUAAUGUUCUCUUCCUAUUUUCAAGGAUCUCAUGAGAAAAUAUAUGUGUGUGUGCAUACAUGUGGUAGCCCCCCAACAACUGGGCUAUGACUUGGCCAUACCUCUUACAGUGCUCUAAGUAUUUGAGGGUGAUAUGAUUUAAACACAUCUCAAGUAAGGUCAUCCCACCUUCGCUCUAGUUAUCUGAAAUACCUUCAAUUUGACUCUCAUGGGAAAGAGGGCUGAUCUGCAAUGACCCACUCAUUGGCUACCCUCUUCUUAAAUCAAGAGUCCUUCAGAGAACCAUGCAGGCCACAUGAAAACCAAUAUAAGUCCAUAAACUUAGAGACUUCUAAGCAAUCAGCUUAUAUAUACCUAUGUUGCAAUAAUUCCCCCAAACUUCAACAUCUUACAAAUCUUUUCCUCGUAUGUUUGAAAUGUUCGAUUUCAAGAUUUAAGUCUCAUAAACUUCAGAGACUUGUAAGUACUCAGGUCAUAUCUUUUUAAAGUUAAUACUGUAUUUUCUUAAGAAUAUCUUUCAUUUGUGCUUUGAUAGUUUUACACAUGCAUAUAAUGUAUUUUGAUCACACCUACCCCCAACUCCCAGUCUCCCUUCCCUCUCCUCAGACAUCCCUCAACACGCCCCAUCUCACAUUCAUGUCUGCUCUUCGUUCUGUAACUCACUGAGUCUGGUGCUGCCCGAUGGAAUGUUGACUUGAUCUUGUGCAAGUAACCAUAUCUAGAGUGAGUUCAGGAAGGCAGAGCCGAGUCGUGUUCAGAAGACAGGAUUCCACAGCACGCUUCCCCAUUCCCUGGCUCUUCUGUUCCCCCACCCCCGACCCCCGGCCUGUGUGCUACUCCUGUGCCUUGAGGAAGUUUGUAGAAACCUCUGGUUUGGGGCUGAGCACCCAGUAGUCUCUUAUUCUCAGCACAUUCAUCAGCUUUGAGUCUCUGCAUUGCUGAAAGUGGACUUAAUCUAUGCUGUGUCCAUUUCCAGUAUCCAGGCCAAAGCAGCAGCCCCUGUAGGGCUCACUGACCUUAGGGGAACAUGCACAAACAACAUGACAGCUCCUGGAACUUCUGCCAGGAGCCAGAUUUGGUGGGACCCUCCUGUAAUCCCAGCACUUGGGAACUGAGACAGGAAGAUUAUGAGUUCCAAACCAGCAUAUGGUACCUAGCAAGACCAUGUCUCCAAGCAUAACAACAGAACUUCUGCAAGGUUGUAAUAUUCUUCAUUUCCACUAUAUACUAUGAGCCAAAGUAAGUCCUGUGACAGACAUGAUAUCCGCGGACAUAAAUGAAUUAUCCUGUCACAGGAAGAGAAUGGUGAACACUUCAGAAGAUAAUACAGUAGACUACCAAGGUGCCUGUUAUCCAUGUCUCUGUCAUUGGGUAGACUGUAUUUAUAGGCCUGUAACUGUGCAAUUUUGUUAUAGUCCUGAUGACAAGACUGUAAAACAUUAGUCCACAGUCAAAAAGCCAUGUAAGGACCAACCAUGAAGGAAAAUCAAUGCUGACUGAGAUGGGAAUGCCUUUCAUUGAUUCUUCCAUCAAUCGGCAAGACACCGGCAUUACCACACUUGCCGAACAGACACCGGCAUCACCACGUGCCUCCUGAGCGUCAGCAUUUGGGACAUGUCAGCAGGGCAGUGCAGACACCUCUGAGUCAAACAGGUUCUCAAAAGGAAGAGACUCCAUGGGGAAAGGGUGACACAACACCUUAAAUGAUUUAUUGUUUCCCCUUCUGAUCAUGCACAAGAGCAAUUUUUUAAAAAUAAUCUACAUAUAAA